AUGCAGGCUGCCAGACACCUGACGACAAGCACAGUGAAACAUGCAGUGACCGAGCUGAGAGUGCCUGUUCCCUGGGGGGAGAUCCGAGGGAAGGUCUGGGGUCCGGAACACGGCCGCCCUGUGCUGUGUUUACACGGCUGGGCUGACAACUGCGGGACCUUCAAUAAGCUGAUUCCACUAUUGCCUAAAGAGCAUCGCUAUGUAGCAGUGGAUCUGGCAGGCCACGGUUUCUCCUCACAUCGUCCUCCUGGUGUUUUCUACUCCUUUCCUUCAUAUGUUGCGGAUGUUUGCAGAGUUAUCAAUGCUCUCCAGUGGGACCGAUUCUCCAUCAUAGGACACAGUAUGGGCGGUAAUGUUGCAGGAAUGUACAGUGCUCUGUAUCCUGAAAUGGUGGACGCUGUUGUCCUGCUGGAUUCUUACGGGUUCCUGCCCACAGAUAUGAAAGAAAUUGCUAAAGUAAUGAAACAAGGAAUUGAUGGGCUCCUUCAGUUUGAAAAGAAGUCUGAAGAGAAGAAAGAUAAAAUAUAUACAUAUGAAGAAGCCGUAAAGAGAUUAUUGGAAGCCAACCCCGCUCUGUCGAAAGUUUCAGCACAGAUACUUUUGGAAAGAGGUUUAGUUCAGACCAAUGGAGGGGUUACGUUCUCUCGAGACUUCCGCAUAAAUCUGAAAAACAUAGUCCGUAUCAGCUUGGAGCAAAGCUUGGAGAUGCAGUCGAGAAUACAAGCCAGUGUUUUAGUUAUUUUGGCAGAAGAUGGCUUUGAAAAACUCUUUGCUGAAGCAGACCAGAAGAAAUUCACCUCACCCCUCCUUCAAGGAUACAGAGACCUAAAUCACAAAGUGGUGAAGAUCCCCGGUGAUCAUCACGUUCAUCUCAACAACCCAGAGUGUGUGGCUCCAUUAGUGACUGAGUUCUUACAUUCCAAAGCGGCGGCGCUGAAAGAAACACCCAAACUAUAG